ACGCCCCGAAAGCCGCGUCGUGUUGCCGCAGUCCAUUCGCGUCAAACCCGCCAUGGCUCCGCGGGAACGCACCUUCGUCAUGGUCAAGCCGGACGGCGUCCAGCGAGGCCUCGUGGGCGAGGUCAUCGCGCGCUUCGAGAAACGCGGCUACAAACUGGUCGCGCUCAAGUUCAUGAUGGCCGGCGAGGCGUUGCUCAAGGAACACUACGCUGAUCUCGCCGAUAAGCCUUUCUUCAACGGCCUGGUGAAGUUCAUGCAGACCGGUCCCGUGGUUCCCAUGGUGUGGGAAGGGGCGAACGCCAUACUCACCGGUCGGGACAUGAUUGGCGCCACAAACCCUCUCCAAGCCGAGCUGGGCACCGUGCGAGGCGACUACUGCGUCCAGGUGGGGCGUAACCUGAUACACGGAAGCGAUGGAGUUGAGAGUGCCAAGAAGGAGAUCGCCUUGUGGUUCAACGAGAGUGAGCUGGUGGAGUGGAAGCCCCAGAUGGAGCCGUUGUUGUACGAGUGACAGGGAAGACGUGACAGCUGUGUCCGCUCACAGUGUGGCUUUUCUUCUUUACUCAGUGAGUGCGGCCGGCCGAUGUUUUCUUGCCACUCGCAGUGUGCUUUUUUGUUUGUUUCCUCAGCGGUAGUGUGUUGCUCUGAACAAUAAAGGUUGCUUGUUUUU